AUGCAGAUCCCCAUUUGGGGAGCAAAGCAAGCCCGCAGUUCAAUUUCCAUCCACUAUAAGUGGAGCGACUGGACGAAAUUCCGGGUUGAGCCUGCGGAGGACGAUAUCUCGAACUCCUCAGACCAGAUCCCCAUUUGGGGGGCGAAGCGAGCACGCAAUUCAACUUCCAUCCAAACCGAUUGGAGGGACUGGGCGAAUCUCGGGGAUGGGCCUGCUGGGCUAAUCGCCGAGCGCCUUCUCGCCAACGAUGUCGCGGACUACAUCUGCUUCCGUGCAGUUUGCCGUCCGUGGCGGCUCUGUUGCACCGAUCCGCGCACUCAUUGCAUCCUGGAGCGCCGCUUCCACCCACUUCACUGGAUUAUGCUCAGGGAAACGGGGGGCUCUCCACGCUGCCGCUUCAUGAAUAUGUCCACCGGAUGCUCAAGGUAUGUACAUCUGCCGGAGCUCUGUGGCCAUGACGUUUUCGGCCCUACCACGGAGGGCCUGCUCGUCCUCCUCGACAGGACCACCUGGGUGGUUCGCCUACUGAACCCGCUCACCCGCCAGGCAGUUGAUCUCCCACCUGCCACCGCUCUGAUGUCCAAGAGUGAUCUGAAGGAAGCGUCUUGCAGAAGGGAUUUGUUGCAGGUGUCGGGCGCUGGCCUUGCUGACGACUACAUCUUCGCGGUCCAUUUCAGAUGGAUCAAAACCCUUGCUGUCGUAAGGCCGGGGGAUGUGAAUUGGACAGUGGUUGCUCGUGGCAGAUGGUUGUUGCCAGCCCUGUCUUUUGCUGGCCGCUUCUACUGUGCCACCACCGAGGCUGUUAUGGUGGUGGAGACUAAUGCAGACCAGCCACCACGGCUGGUCAUCGCUGCAAACUUGACUAGGCCGUUUGCCACGAUAAUGAUGGACACUGUGCAUAUUGUGGACAAUGGCGGGGAGCUGAUACUUGUGGACCGGCAAUGCAAUGGCAAUGACAAUAGAAAAUACAAGGUGUACCGUGUAGACUUUGAAUCAAAGAAGAUGGUGCCCAUCCAUGGGCUUGGUGGACGUGCAGUAUUUAUCGGCAUUGAACGUGCCCUUUCAGUCUCACCUUUGGUGUUCCCAUCUAUCAGUGAAGAUGCAAUCUACUUGGGAUUUGAUGGGCAGACGACGGGCAAGCUGGACAAUAGCCCAAUUCAUCUCCUAUAUGGCAUUGCAGAGCCUCGUCAAUUUGAAGAUAACAUUGACGACAGCACACUUUAUGAACCCUUGGGUGUCGAUAGCUAUCUGUCUUGGUGUGUCACAGGUUAUCGGGACACCUUAAGGGACAUUGUCUGA